AGCGUUAACGUGGCCGCAGUCAGUCGCGCCCAAGAAGAAAAGCGCGAGAGAGAGAGACAUACAGUGAGUGGGAGCCAGCAAGAAAGAGAGAGAGAGAGAGAGAGAGCUCAAUAGUUUUUCGGCAAACAACAGACGGUAGAGGGGUCGCGCCCCACAACGGAUGGUCAAACAAAGCCGUCGGCGCUUCUGCUUCUGCUGCUGGUGCUGCUUCCUCUGCUUCCCUCUCCUUGCUGCUGCCAGUCAAUUUCAUUUCAAACGUCUGCGUUUCGUCUCUGUCUCAUCGCGUUUCGGGCUCAUUCAUUCGUUUCUGGCGCUCGCGUGCAGUCAGCUGCUUCUCAAAACUAACGGUUCUUCAAAGCCGUGUCGCCGUCGCAAAAGUAUUAAAACUCCAGUGCAAUAAGAGGAAAGAAGACAGCGCGAUGAAAAAGCAAGCAAAAUGUAAGCGUGAUGAUAAUUAAAAAUAAAAUACCAGCAAGAAAGAAACAAAAUUUACGCGUGGCUACAGCACCGAAACCAAAAACGACAUCGAAGCAGCAGCAACAGCAGCAGCAGCAGCAGGAUCUCCCCGGGUCCAAACGCUGCCAGAAGAAGCUUCUGGUGGCUGUGUGGUGGAUCAACCGUGUGGCCAGAGUAAACCGAAUCAAUAAAUAAAAACCAAUUACAACAAAAAGGAAAAGAAAAGAGCAAACGAAACCCACAAGAACUGCGAGCGAGCGAGCGAGCGAAGAAUUGAUAUAAGAAAAAUAAUAAUCAGAAGAGUAAAAAUCAUUCACAACGGCGACCAUAACGAACUCCGCCCUAGCGAUGAGCCAGCUGGGCACCGUCUACGCCACCAAGCGGAGGCGACGGAACGGCAAAAGCCUGAAGCCGCCGCCCAAGGAUGGCGUCACAAAGAGCAAUCCAUCAAAGCGGCAUCGGGAGCGCCUCAACGCGGAGCUGGAUCUGCUGGCCUCGCUGCUGCCCUUCGAGCAGAACAUCUUGAGCAAACUGGAUCGACUGAGCAUACUAAGGCUGUCCGUUAGUUAUUUAAGAACCAAAAGUUAUUUUCAAGUUGUUAUGCAUAAGGAUAAGGAGGAGAACGGUGUCCUGCCCCACAUACACGCACACGAUGGCUACAGGACACGGGAGCUGGGCGCCUUCGAGCACGGCCUGCUGGAUGGUGAUAUGUUCCUUCAGGCCCUAAAUGGAUUUCUAAUGAUUCUGACAUGCGAAGGCGAAGUCUUCUUUGCCACGCACAGCAUCGAGAGCUAUUUGGGUUUCCAUCAGUCGGACAUUGUCCACCAGUCCGUGUACGAGCUGGUCCACUCGGAGGAUCGCGAGGAGCUGCAGCGCCAGCUGCUGUGGAACAGCUUCCUGCCCGCGGACAUGUCCAGCAUGCAGCUCUCGGAGACGCUGGCCCCCGACAAGGCGCUCUACCUGGAGCGCAGCUUCACCGUUCGCUUCCGCUGCCUGCUGGACAACACGAGUGGAUUCCUGCGGCUGGACAUACGGGGCCGCAUCAAGAUUCUGCACGGCCAGAACCGAAAGACGGAGGAGCCGCCGCUGGCGCUGUUCGCCUACUGCACGCCCUUCGGCCCGCCCAGCCUCCUGGAGAUUCCCCACAAGGAGAACAUGUUCAAGUCCAAGCACAAGCUGGACUUCUCCCUGGUCUCCAUGGACCAGCGCGGCAAGCACAUCCUGGGCUAUGCGGACGCCGAGCUGGUCCACAUGGGUGGCUACGACCUGGUGCACUACGACGAUCUGGCCUAUGUGGCCAGUGCCCAUCAGGAGCUUCUCAAGACAGGCGCCUCGGGAAUGAUCGCGUAUCGCUACCAGAAGAAGGACGGCGAGUGGCAGUGGCUGCAGACCAGCUCCCGUCUGGUGUACAAGAACUCCAAGCCGGACUUUGUGAUCUGCACGCAUCGCCAGCUGAUGGACGAGGAGGGCCACGAUCUGCUGGGCAAGCGGACCAUGGACUUCAAGGUCAGCUACCUGGACACGGGCCUGGCGUCCACCUACUUCUCGGAGGCGGACCAGCUGGUCGUGCCGCCCAGUGCCUCGCCCACGGCCCACGCCCUGCCGCCGCCUGUGACCCCGACGCGGCCCAAUCGGCGCUACAAGACGCAGCUGCGGGACUUCCUCUCGACGUGCCGCAGCAAGCGCAAGCUCCAGCAGCAGCAGCAACAGCAGCAGCAGAACCAGCAGACGUCGCCGCUCGGCGGCCAGGUGGGCUCCCCGGCGCCUGCCGUGGCUGUGGAGUACCUGCCCGAUCCGGCGGUGGCUGUGGCCGCCGCCGCCUACUCCAACCUCAAUCCCAUGUACUCGGCCUCGCCGUAUGCCAGCGCCGCGGACAAUCUCUACAUGGGCAGCUCCAUGCCGGCCAAUGCCUUCUAUCCGGUCAGCGAGAAUCUCUUCCAUCAGUACCGGCUGCAGGGCGCCGUCGGGGGCUACUACACGGACUACCCGCACUCCGGGGCACCGGCAUCGGCGUAUGUGGCCAAUGGCUUCCUCUCCUACGAUGGCUAUGCGAUCGCCUCCAAGGCGGACGAGAAGUGGCAGGAGACGGGCAAGUACUACAGUGGCUACAGCAGCGGCUAUGGCAGUCCAACGUCCACGCCACAGCAAAUUCCCCUCAAGACGCCCAAGUCUUCGCCGCAGGUUAUGGAGGUCAUCUCCUGCUCCUCCGACGGACCAUCGCCGGUGAGUGGUGCCACGCCCAAUGGCGCGAUACCCGUGACGCCCAAAGUGGAGCUUGCAGCAACAGCAGCGACGGCGGCGGCAGCGGCAGCGGCAGCUGCGGGCGGGGAUCCCUACGAGCGGCAAACGGUGCUGAUGUGGGGUACCACCCAUUCCAGUGGCGUUCCCUUGAACAGUCUGCAGGGUGGACGCUCUGGCUCGCCCCAACGCCUCGCCACGCCCCUCACCAAUGGUCUGGGAUACGCCACGAACAACAACAACAACGAGCAUGAGCCGGCGACGGCGGCCAAGUGGAACGGAGUGAAGGAGCUGCCGGGCAAAUCGGCCAGCGCCAGCACACCGGAGAGCUAUCAGAUGCAGCACGACGACUCCGGACUGUACUCUGCCUCCUCGCACACGACCUCGCCCCAGCAGCAGCAGCAGCAGCAACAGCAGCAGACCCAACGUGGAGUUGGUUCCAAUGUUAGCGCUCCCAGUAUUCCCCUCACGCACCCAGUCCAGGCCGUCACGGGCACAGGCACCGGCACGGGCACAGAUCAUCAGGCCGUGCACCCGUCCAGCUGCCACCAACAGCAGCAGCAACAACAGCAACAGCAACACCAGCAGCAACAGCAACAGCAUCAUCAUGGCCACCCGCAUCCGCACUCGCAUCAUCAUCACCAUCAUCAUCACCAUCAUGAGGCGGCGCAUCAUCAGCAUGCAGCAGCGAUCAUACUCACGACCCAUCAGCAGCAGCAGCAGCAGCAGCAAGCGCUUGGCGGCUAUCCACUGCAUCAUCCACUGCAGCUGGUGGGAGGAGCAUCCGAAUCGCCGCCGCCACCCACAACCCGCUCGCCCACAGCCCUGCCCGCAGUCAGCAGUCUGCUCAAUGGUGGAGCAGCCACAACCGAUGCCGUUUCCCCCUACCAGCAGCUGGCCAUUGUCUCCACGCCGCUGGUGAUCUGCGCCGAGGAGGUGGGCAUGGCCCUGCAGCCGCUCAGCGAGAGCAGUGAGACAACGCGGAUGGGACGCAAGUCGGCCAAGCAGCAGGUCCAGCAGCAGUCCUUGCAACAGCAGCAGCAGCAGCAGCAGGCCGUGCAGCAACAACAGCAAACGCUCUACCAGCAGCAUCAUACGCAUCAUCAUGCACAUCCACAGCAUCAUCCGCAGCACCAUCUGCUCUAUCCGGCCAACAUUACGGCGCACACAGCCUUGGCCUAUGCCCCGCCGACGGCUGGAGGCGCCUACGCCGAUGGCAGUCCGCUGCUCUCCUUCUCGGAGGUGACCAACACGCUGCUCAACCAGUGAGGAAGAGGGAGGGCACUGUAGGAGCAGAAGAGCACAACCAUGUUCAACAGUUUUGCCAAAAUGUGGACUAUGACUAUCGUAUCUUCCAUAAUCUGAACCCCAGCACCAAGCAACCCAGACACCCAGCAAUAUGUGGAUAUAUCCAGGCGCACACCGAUUCAUUUGGCUACUCCUUGGUUGAAUCUGAGCAAACAGCAAGAGAAAAACGAAUUAUAUUUAUUUUACUGUGAUAAUUUAUAGAUACAUUUAUUGUAUAAUUGAAACUAUAUCCUUAAUAUCCGUAUCCGUAUCCAUAUCCGUAUCCACACUUCCAUAGACACACGAAAAGGGCAAUAGGAUUUGGGUACAAAGCCAGCACAAAGUUAAGAGGGGAACCGAGUCGAUAGAUAGAUAGAUCCCUUCGACAAUCAAUUUCAGUUGUAGUUGUAACCAAAGAUAAUUCUCUAACUAACUUAAACAUAUUGUUUUAGCAUAAUGCCCUACGAUCCAGAUUCAUAUUGCGCCCAACAUUUGUUACCGAACAAAGUGGGGGCGGUGAAUGCCUAAAUAGUUGCGUUUAAGAGUGCUUAAGUAGAACCUAAGAUAAUACCAGAUGCUUGUAUCCAUAUUGUAUUUAAUUCAACCCUAGACAUAGUGCGCAAUGCAAGUUAAUGUAAUUCAUUCAUGAUUCCUAUGGUUUAGCAUGUAAUUCGACUAAUCCCUCAGCGGAUAUACGUACUGUACAUUUGUACAUUUAAAGUUUUCUUGAAAUUUCUAGUCGCCCGCAUAAAACAAACAUUUACUUAUAAAUUAAACAAACUACCAUACUAUAUCUCCACUUCGAUUGUGUCCAAGCAAUUUCCGUUCUGUCCUUUGUAGUCUGUACUACGAUGACAACAUGGCAUGGACCUUUGGCAUAAGCUAACAAAAUUAAUGCGUAAUGUUUUCGAUGAGUAUUCGCAUCCAAAACGAAACAAAAACAAACACAAAAACAUACAAAAUAUGUAGAUACUCUCUCAGCUAAUCAGUGGGAAAAAUCAUAUCAAUUUCAAUUACAAAUUUAUUACGCAGCCCGAGUGCAUGUAAAGCGCCUAUCCAAAACAAUCAGAGCGAAAUAAAUCUAGAUAAUAAUCGAA